AUGAAGGGAGCUGUGAAGGCGACACUCGACCGAGUUGGCUUCGAGAAAGUGGGCUUCGACAUGAAGUGUUUCGGUGCCUCUGGGCGGUACUCAGAAAUGAAGUAUCCCAGGGCACAGGAGGAACCUUUUCUGAAGGCAGCGGUCUCCGAGAUUACGGGGACUUAUGGCUUCGCAGUCGUCGACACCGUGACAUUGCGGCACAGGCGAAACCUGUUCACCUGCGACAUCGGUGCCGCCUUGGAUGCCAUCGCCAAGAAGCUUGCUGACCAGGACUUGGAUGAGUGGUUUACCAAUCUCCAGGAGCCUGCCAUUUGCCUCCCCAAGAAGAAAAGACGCAUCGUGGAGGAUUUCAGUUUUGAGGCAGAUGAGUUUUUUGUGACACGCCCGGUGCCUACUCCUCCACCAGUGGCAUAG